GCUCUGUCUGUGUGACGCUAACUACAUAAGAGCACGUUCCCUUGCACACACAGCAGAAUCAAAGGGAACAGCAGCAAACUGAAGACAUCCUAUCUCCUUCAGAGUUUUGGUUUGGUUCCACUCUGCACCUCCGGGAUCUCUUCACAGAGCCACGACCACACAUCCAGCCAUGCGGUUCAACGUAGUGUUCAUUCUAAUCCUAGCCUGUCUAUGCGUCACGCUGGCCCAAGGUUCCUAUGAAGACUGCUGUCUGAAGUACGUGCGGAGGGUGAAGAAGACCGCUGUGAGGAUGGUGACGAGUUACAGGAGGCAGGAGACGGACGGGGGCUGCAACAUCCACGCUAUAGUGUUCACCAUGAAGAGAGGCAGGUUGUUCUGUGCUGACCCCAGAGAGAAGUGGGUGAAUGAACUGAUGCUGAAGGUCGAAACCAAGAAGAGUAAAAAGCACAUGAAGGGGCUAAAGAAGCGAGGAGGCUAGAAGCUCUGCCUUCGAGACCGUGUCGUCUAUAACCAUUUACUCUGCCAUCCUGCCGUGACGAGUCCUGUUGUAAAAUCAGUACGAUUUUCGAUGAUGUCUGGUCAUUGGAGGGACAUUUUUGCUUUUCUACUGCAGAAGACAUCUGCUGCUUUAACAGAGAUCUAACUGGAAAUGCUGCAUACUUUCUGCUACUGUGCAGUUCUGCUAUUCCUUUAACAGACACCCAUACCUGUUGAAGUCAGCCCAGCCAUUCUGUAUGGCUGCAUUUUACUGUAUAGCAAUCCUGUCGGAACCUGUGUGUGUGUGUGUGUGUGUGUGUGUGUGUGUGUGUGUGUGUGUGUGUGUGUGUGUGUGUGUGUGUGUGUGUGUGUGUGUGUGUGUGUGUGUGUGUGUGAGAGAGCGUGUGAGUGUGUGUGUGUGUGUGUGUGAGCGUGAGUGUGUGUUUGUACAGUUUUUUGUGUGUAGCAUAAAACCAGUGAUGUUAAAAGUACCCAAUUGCCAUACUUGAGUAAAAGUAUAGAUAUCUUAAUAGAAAGUUACUCAAGUAAAAGUGAAAGUCACCCAGUAAAAUACUACUUGAGUAAAAAUCUAAAAGUAUUUGGUUUUAAAUAUACUUAAGUAUCAAAAGUAAAUGUCAUUACUAAAAUAUACUUAAGUAUCAAAAGUAAAAGUAAAAGAAUAAAAAAAUCCUUAUAUUAAGCAACCCGGAUGGCACAGUUUAAUUAUUUAUUUUAUAUAUGGAUAGCCAGGGGCACGCUCCAACACUCAGACAUCAUUUACAAGCAAAGCAUGUGUGUUUAGUGAGUCCAUCAGAUCAGAGGCAGUAGGGAUGACCAGGGAUGUUCUCUUGAUAAGGGCGUGAAUUUGACCAUUUUUCACUGUAAGGUCUACUACACCUGUUGUAUUCGGCGCAUGUGACAAAUACAAUUGGAUUUGAUUUGUAUUGAACAUAGCGCCACCAACCAUUGCGCCACCAAGUAAAAGUGCCUACAAUUUUUGAAUGAAAUCUCUUUGCAUUUGUGUAUUCUUUGUAUGUUUUGAGACUGUAGAUUUUUUUGUCAAAUGUAUAUUUUUCUCGCUUGUUAUAUCGGUUUUCACUAACAAAUACUAAUAAAGUUGUGUACUGCGUUUCA